AUGGAUAGUCCAGAAUACCUCAAGAUUGAACUUCAAAGGGUGAAAAGUGACUAUGAAAAUGAACUAUCGAUUGAUCACGUAAUGCCAAAGACUCAGUUUGACUAUGCUUGUAUGUUAAUAUGCUCCUCUGACCUAAAGAAUAUAAAAUUUGCUUCAUCCUUAUUACACGAAUUGCUACUUAUAAACUAUAAUCGAAUCGAUUGUUUGUACCAGCUAGCCAUAGCACAUAUAAAAUUAAGAGAUUAUAAAAAAGCAAAAAAUUAUUUAAAUGCAUUACUGAAAAUAGAUGCAAGAAAUAGCAACGCAUUGGCCUUAAAGAGCUUGCUCUUUGAUUUAAUUUCAUCAGAUGGAUUGAUAGGAGCACUGCUAAUGGCCCUUACAGCGUGUGGCAUUUACUUAUCCUUUAAAUCUUUUAAAUUUUUUUAA